AUGAAGUUGAUCACUGUCUUCCUGUUGGUGACAAUCAGCAUUUGUAGCUACUCAGCUACUGCCUUCCUUAUCAACAAAUUGCCCCUUUCUGUCAAGGACGAGUUACCUUUACCUCUGGACAACAUUCUUCCUUUCACGGAUCCAUUAAAACUUCUUCUGAAAACGCUGGGCAUUUCUGUCGAGCAUCUUGUGGAAGGACUAAGGAAGUGUGUGGAUGAGCUGGGACCAGAGGCUUCUGAAGCUGUGAAGAAACUGCUGGAGGCCCUUUCACACUUGGUGUGA